AUGUCCUCCAUCAUCCGAAGGUUGUGUUUUGCGAGUCCACUUUACCCUUUAUUUUCAAUGUCUCCAAAGGGCGCUCUAGGACAGCCGUUAUCGACGAGUGGGAAAUUCCCAGUGGCAGAUGGACGGCCGUUAAUGGGAGCUUUGGCCCCGAGAGAAACAAUCGCACUUGCGACCGACUCUAUCGCUUCUGCGGUUUUCACCCCAGCAUUAAAGAGCAAUAUACCCACUUCAACAGCCUCCUUACCGACUCCGAAUGGAGCGAGCAAUACCUCGAGUCCAAUAGCACCAUCAUCAACAAACGAAUUCGCGGGAUUUCAACCCGUUGCAACCUCUACUUUAGUUCCUUUUCAGCCAGCUACUCCACAACGGGUUGGCAUCAGCACAGGCGCCAAAGCAGGAAUUGCGAUUGGCAUCUGUUUGGGGGUAGCAGUCCUUAUAGCGGUCGCGAGCUGGUUAUGCUUAAAGAAAAGGAGGAGCCUUGCGAAGCGCAGCUCUGUGGAUUCGGAAAUGAUUGACCUGAAAGGAGGUGAUUCAACAAGACAUGAACGAAAAGCACCUCAUGGCCAGGAAAUGGAUGACAAGGAGGACGAUUAUACGAUGCGGGGUCCUUAUGAUAAGUUGCCUUGA